AUGCUCUUCACUCCCACCACCGCCGCCCUCGUUCUGGCCUUCACCUCGAGCGCCAUCGCCGCCCCCGGUUCCUUCCACCAGCGCCGCCAGAACAACCAGCAGCCCGCUGUCCCCGUCCCGGCUCCCGAGUCGCUCUCCAUCACCCAGCAGCUCCUCAUCGCUCCUAGUGCCGCUAGCCGCUUCGACAUCCUCAAGGAUGACGCCGACUUCAAGUUCAACCUCACUCCCGAUGAGAUCCCCGCCAACCGUGGCGGUAUCCUGAAGGCCGCUAACCGCAACACCUUCCCCGCCCUCGUCGGCACCGGCGCUGCCAUGGCCCUUGGAAAGAUUGCCCCCUGCGGCAUCAACACCUUCCACGUCCACCCCCGCUCCGCCGAGCUCCAGAUCGUCAUCGAGGGCAGCCUCGUCACCGAGAUGGUCCCCGAGAACGCUGUCCGCCCCAUCCGAAACGUCGUCAACAAGUUCGAGAUGGUUCCCUUCUACCAGGGUGCCAUCCACCACCAGUUCAACCCCAACUGCGAGGAGGCCGUCUUCAUUGCUUCCUUCGCCAACGAGGACCCCGGCACCGGCCAGGUCGUCAACAGCAUCUUCAAGCUCGACCAGAACGCUCUCCUCGACACCUUUGGCCAGAGCUUCCCCGGCGACAGGAUCGAGGAUAUCAAGAACAACCUGCCCGAGUCCGUAGUCGCCGGUGUCAGGAGCUGCAAUGCCAGGUGCCAGCCCCAGAACCAGCCCGAGGAGCCCGAAGUUGAAGAGCCCGAGGUUGAGGAGCCCGAGAUUGAGGAGCCUGAGGUCGAGGAGCCUGAGGUUGAGGAGCCCGAGAUUGAAGAGCCCGAGGUUGAGGAACCCGAGAUCGAGGAGCCCGAAAUCGAGGAGCCUGAAAUCGAGGAACCUGAAAUCGAGGAGCCCGAAAUUGAAGAGCCUGAGAUCGAGGAGCCCGAGAUCGAGGAGCCCGAGGUUGAAGAGCCCGAGGUUGAAGAGCCCGAGGUCGAGGAACCCGAGGCCCAGACCGAGGAUCCCGAGCAGCAGAAGCCCGGCUACAACUAA